UCGACCUUUUUGAUAUGAACAGAUACCAAUUAACAAAAUUAUGUCAGAUAAAGUUAGUAACGUUUGUCUUAUCAUCGGGAAGCAAAUUUUUAACCUUUAAUAUUUAAUCGAGAGGUCUUCUGUUUUGUGCUUAGAGUUGUAGUGGAUGUUCUUAAAUAUUUAUGAUGACGUCGCCUAUCAAGCUGUUGUUCCUUAUUGGAUUGGCUAGUGUGCAAUCGAAUGUCUGCAACUAUCGCUUUUGGAAGAGUAUCUCGUGUGAGGGUAUCAGUUCAGUGGACCAAUUAAAGAAGGGUAUCCAGCAGUCCAUUGAAGAGGAUAAGGUGGUAAUAGAGGAUUUCGAUGGUUUGGAGUUCGAAAAGAGCAAAAUUGGAUUUCUUGAGCCCAACACUUUUGAAGGUUACAACCAUUUAAAGGUUAUAAAGUUUCUUUUUAGCAGCGUAACAAAUAUACCUAACGGAAGUUUUAAAAACAUGAAGAAUUUGGAAGAAUUAGAAUUUGGAUAUAGCACAAUCGAUAACAUUGAAGAUAAAGCGUUUAGGGAUAUGUUCAGUGUGAAAAAGUUUCUGAUCUUCGGAACAAAAGUACCACACUUUCCCAAGGAAUCGUUUAUCGACAUGCACGCGUUGGUUGAAGUUAAGUUUCAUGGUAAUGAUUUAGAAGAAAUUGAAGAAGGUGCAUUUGAUAAUUCACCAAAUUUGGUCGAGCUGUACCUUUAUAAUAAUAACCUAACCAAUCUUCCCAAAAAUUUGCUCAAAAAAUUGGUUUUACUUGAAACAGCUUAUCUCUCCGAGAACUCGUUAAGUGAGUUAGAUGAGGAUACCUUCAAAGGGUUAUCUAAGUUAAACGUGCUCCAUCUAGGGAGCAAUAAGUUGGAAACCUUACCAGUGCAAAUUUUUAACGACCAAAAUUCUUUGACAGACCUCUAUUUGGAGAAUAAUGAAAUAAAAGAUAUACCAGAAGGUUUACUAGCUAACACCAAGUCUCUGAAGAAAGUGUACUUUUCCACGAACAAAAUUGAAAGUUUACCCAGAGACCUCUUUAAAAACACUCCUGAUAUAGAGGUCAUUGAUCUUUCGGAUAAUCAGUUGACAUCUAUACCCGACGGUAUCUUUUCUGGGUUACCAAAUCUUUCCGACCUGGGUCUUUCUAGAAACGAAAUCGACAAAAUCACACCUGGGAUAUUUAAAGGUUUAAGCGGAUUGAAAAAUUUGGAAUUACAACUAAACAAUAUGACCACAAUUGAACCAUCGUCAUUUGCUGAUCUACCAUCACUUACCAGUUUGAGUCUUGAGAAGAAUAAACUCGCAUCGCUUCCUUCGGGAAUUUUUGACAAAAACGUAGAGCUAGAGUCACUAUACCUAAGUGAAAAUCACAUCGAAGCUCUGGAAAAGGGGAUCUUCACCAAUUUGCCCAAUUUGAAACGUUUAGACUUGGACAGUAACCGGAUUAAGAAUUUCGAAAGUGGCACUUUUAAAAACUUGAAGCAAGUUAAAUCACUGUAUAUUAGUAACAAUGAGCUGCAAACUCUCUCCCCGAAGAUGUUUGAAGGACUAAACUCGUUGACUUACUUUUCCAUUUCAAAUAAUCCUAUUAAGAGCAUUCACUGUGAUGCUUUUGAGGAUCUAUCGUCCUUAGAUUCUUUGACCAUAGAAGGCGUUGAUCUUGAAAGCUUCCCAUCGAACUGCUUUUCUAGUUUGAAAAACCUGUCCAGUUUCACAAUUAGGAACUCCAAGCUAAACGCACUGAAGAAAGGAAAUUUCGCUGGGUUGAACAGUUUGAAAACUCUCUAUUUGACAGAAAACCACAUCAAGGACGUUGAGGCGGGUGCCUUCGAGGGACUUUCAGAAUUGGAAACUCUAUCAUUACACAAAAAUCAUCUCUCCGAAAUCAAGGCGGAUAUGUUCACCGGUCUAGCAAAGGUCGACUUUCUAGUUUUGAGGGAAAACAACAUUUCCUCAAUUACUUCCGAUAUCUUUGACCUCUUUCCACACUUACGGUACUUGCACUUGGAUUCAAAUAAUCUUCACGAGUUCAAAGGUGACGAAUUUACCAUUCUCACCAACUUAACCCAAUUAAGCCUGUCGCGCAAUGUAAUCGAGAGCUUUCCAUCCGAUAUUUUCAAAACACUAACGUCACUUACGAGCCUCAUCCUAGAUUUCAACAAGCUGAAGACGCUGGAAAAAGGCUCUAUACCAGUCGGACCUCAAUUGGAAUUUUUGAGCGUGAUCGGCAACGAUAUUGACGACAUCAAAUCCGGCACCUUUGAGGAUUAUAAGUCCAUCGUGAGUUUGGAUUUAUCUAACAACACUUUAAAACACAUUAACGCUGACACGUUUCAAGGCCUUAUAAAUAUGUAUUAUCUUAAUCUUGAGCAUAACGAGAUAUCCGACUUGAAUCCAGAAGCCUUCAACAAUCUUCCGGAGCUAAAACAACUACAUUUGGAAGGUAACAAGCUGGCCGAUUCUGUUGUGGAGGCGAUUAAGAAGAAGUAUCCGGAACGGGAGAUAACAAUUUUAAACGAUAUAUUCAUGAUGACGUCGCUUAUGAAACUGUUGUUCCUCAUUGGAUUGGUCAGUAUGCAGUCGAAUGUCUGCAACUAUCGCUUUUGGAAGAGUAUCUCGUGUGAGGAUAUCAAUUCAUUGGACCAAUUAAAGAAGGGUAUCCAGCAGUGCAUUGAGGAGGAUAAGAUAGUAAUGGAGGAUUUCACUGGUUUGGAGUUCCACAACAGCGAGAUUGGGUUUCUUGAACCCAAUAUUUUUGAAGGUUACAAGCAUUUAAAGGCUGUAAGGUUUCUUUUUAGUAACGUAACAAAUAUACCUAACGGGAGCUUCAAAAACCUAAAGAAUGUGGAAGAAUUAGAAAUUGGUUAUAGCAGCUUAGGUAACAUCGAGAAUAAAGCGUUUAGGGAAAUGUUUAGUCUAAAAAAGUGUCUGAUAUACGCAACAAAAGUACCACAUUUUCCCAAGGAAUCGUUUAUCGACAUGCACGCAUUGGUUGAAGUUAACUUACGUGGUAAUGGUUUAGAAGAAAUUGAAGAAGGUGCAUUUGAUCAUUUACCGAAUUUGCUUGACCUGAACGUUUAUGAUAAUAAACUAACGCACCUUCCCAAAAACCUGCUAGAAAAAUUGGUUUCGCUUGAAACAGCUUAUCUCUCCGAAAACUCGUUAAGUGCCUUAGAUGAAGAUACCUUCAAAGGGUUACACAAGUUAAAGGUGCUCCAUCUAGAGGACAAUCAGUUGGAAACCUUACCAGCGCAAAUUUUUAACGACCAAUAUUCUUUAACAGACCUGCAUUUGGAGAUUAAUGAAAUAAAAAAUAUACCAGAUGGUUUACUAACUAACGCAAAGUCUCUGAAGGAAGUGUACCUUUCCAAUAACAAAAUUGAAAGUUUACCCAGAGACCUCUUCAAAAGCACUCUUGAUAUAGAGAUCAUUGAUCUUUCAGAUAAUCAACUUAGAAAACUUGAUGAUUUCACGGGCCUCUCGAAGCUUAACAAAAUUAUACUGAGCAGAAAUCAGUUGACAUCAAUCUCCGACGGUAUGUUUUCUGGGUUAUCAAGUCUUACCAAACUGGGUCUUUCUGGAAACGAAUUCGACAAAAUCACACCUGGGAUAUUUAAAGGUUUAAGCGGAUUGAAAAAUCUGGAAUUACGAUCCAACAAUAUAACCACCAUUGAACCUUCGUCCUUUGAUGAUCUAUCAUCACUUACCAGUUUGAGUCUUGAAAAGAAUAAACUUGCAUCGCUUCCUUCGGGAAUUUUUGAUAAAAACGUAGAGCUAGAAUCACUAUACCUAAGGGAAAACGAGAUCGAGGGUCUGGACAAAGGGAUCUUUAACAAUUUGUCCAAUUUGAAACGUUUAGACUUGGCCAGUAACCGGAUUAAGAAUUUCGAAAGUGGCACUUUUAAAAACUUGAAGCAAGUUGAAUCACUGCAUAUUAGUAACAAUGAGCUGCAAACUCUCUCCCCGAAGAUGUUUGAAGGACUAAGCUCGUUGACUUACUUUUCCAUUUCAAAUAAUCCAAUUAAGAGCUUUCAUUGUGAUCCAUUCCAGGAUCUAUCAUCUUUAGAUUCUUUGACAAUAGGAGGCGUCCAUCUUGAAAACUUUCCAUCUAACUGCUUUUCUAAUUUGAAAAACUUGUCAAGUUUUACAAUUAGGAACUCCAAGCUAAACCUACUGAAGAAAGGAAAUUUCGCAGGUAUGGACAAUUUGAAAGCUCUCUAUUUGACGGAAAACCACAUCAAGGACAUAGAAGUGGGCGCCUUCGAGGGACUUGUAGAGUUGGAAACUCUAUCAUUAAAUCAAAAUCAUCUCUCCGAAAUCAAAGCUGAUAUGUUCACCGGUCUAGUCAAGGUCGACCUUCUAAUCUUGAGCGAAAACAAAAUUUCCUCAAUCGACUCCGAUAUCUUUGACCACUUUCCACACUUACGGUACUUGUACUUGGAUUCAAAUAACCUUCACAAAUUCAAAGGUGACGAAUUUACUACUAUCACAAAAUUAACCCAAUUAGACCUGUCGCGCAACUCAAUCGAGAUCUUUCCAUCCGAUAUUUUCAAAACGCUAACGUCACUUACGACGCUCACCCUGGAUUUCAACAAGCUGAAGUCUCUGGAAAAAGGCUCUAUACCCAGCGGACCUCAAUUGAAAUUUUUGAGUGUGGUCGGCAACGAUAUUGACGACGUCAAAUCGGGCACGUUCAGAGACUUAAAGUCUAUCCUGACUUUGGAUUUAUCCAACAACACCUUGAAACACAUCAACUCCGACAUAUUUCAAGGUCUUAUAAAUAUGUAUUCGCUUAAUCUCAUGCAUAACGAGAUCUCCGACUUGAAUCCAGACGUCUUCAACAAUCUUCCCAAGCUACGUCAAGUACGCUUGGGAGGUAACAAGCUGCCCGAUUAUGUUGUGGAGGCGAUUGAGAAGCAGCAUCCCGAACCGCAGAUAAUAAUUUUUAACAAUAUAUAA